ACCCUUCGUAUAGUGCAUUUCGAUGUCAAGGAAGCAUUAUUAGUGCUAGAAAUUGAUCAUUAUUUUUAUUGCGUUAUUAUCAUGAUUCCAAUAGCGGAAGCUUCUAGGACAUUAUAAGAGUGAUCAAAUAUUUGAAAUGUGAGUUGGAUCGUAUGUAGGCGGUGAGCUUGAGCUCUGAAAGGAUCGAUAAGACGGACUGCGCAGUCUCGUCUAUUUGUUACAGCUGAAUUUUCACCGGAGAAUUAAGUUUAUGUGAGAACGUGAAUCAAUUCAGUGCUUUCUGUGUGGUAUUGUUUGCUUAUAUAAAUGUUAUGCUACGGCUUUAAGUGGCAGCCCUGAAUGAUGUGAUGCGCCGGAUGGCGUUUCGUCCAGCUCUUUGGGCGCUAGCGCUGCUGAGUACGCUGGCGCCCUCAUACGGCGAUGGCAACAUAGGGUGUCUAUUUAGCCCUAGUCUAUGCUUAGAGGGCGUGGAAUGGUGCUACGAUGACUUUGCAUUUGGCAAAUGCAUUCCAAUAUAUGAAAAUGAUCUCGAAGAAGAUUCGCUCUUUCGAUAUGAUAUGGGAUCAGCUCAACUACAAUGGUUCGAGGGAGAGCUCCAAAGACUCGCAACUCGCGGAUACAGAUGGGAGCACGCCUACACCCAGUGUGUCCUACAGAGUAUGCUGUACGCCUUGAAGCAGAAACUGGAUCCGGAGAAUUUGGACUCUAAGAUCUGCGACAAUUAUGUUGAUUCAAAAUUGAAUAACGCCCCCGGAAUAAUGGACGAUGAUAAAAAUAUUGAACCUGAUGAAACUGCCUAUAUACGGUUCAUGCCAAAUUCUCCAUUAGUAGUUGAUUCCAACUAUGCAAACGAGGUUUAUAACCCCCUAGGAAUAGAAGAUGAUCCAACGCCUUAUAUACUACAAGAAGGCCCAGGUUUUGACAUCGCUGAUAAUGAAGAGCUUAGCAAUAAACUAACUGAUGCAAUUGUAAAUGAAAUGGAUACAGCAGUUCCUUUAGUCCCAUUCAGCGGAUUUCGUGAACGACUUCGAGCUGAAAGAGCGAGAUCUAAUAUGGACGAUAUAGAUCUUGAUGAGUACAAAGAUAAAGAGAAGAAAUCAGUACAGCAAAGCAAGACUGAGCCUAGCACCGGUACUAAUGAAUUCUCCGAUGAAGAAAGACUUGGCGCUCAUUUUCGGAAAUACAAGACUAAACCUCCACCAUACACAGCGGAAUAUUUGACUGGUAAUAGAUACUCGCCUUUAGACGACGAAGUGCGUUCCAACGCUUUAGAAAAAUACAGACAAAGCUUCGCAGCAAAGAAUUUUCCAUUUGAAUAUGAAAAUCCCGGAGAUAUGCCUGAGUCCAGAAUUUAUUUUGACGAAGAUGGUAUGGAUGAUGACAUACUAGAAUCAGGUUGA